AUGGAAGACAUGACUAAAAUUUUAAAGUCAAUUCAAAUUGAUCUAGCGGAACAAAAGACAGAAAUGAAAGAAAUGGAAGCGAAUAUUACUAAAAACAUAACAAAGGCUAUCAACGAUAAUUUUAAAACAAUUGAAUUGAAAUAUAAUCAGUUAAAUAAGCAAUUACAAAUUCAAGAAAAUAUUUUAGAUCGUAUAGAAAGACACAACAGAAAGAAAAAUUUGGUUUUUUUCGGCAUUGAAGAAGGAGAGAAAACUUAUCAAGAGCUAGAAAAAGACUAUCCACCCAAAGUUUUGGAGAAAAGGAAACAAUUACAAAGUGAAAUAUUAAAAUAUAAAGCAGAAGGUAAAAAAGCUAUAAUUAAAUAUGAUAAACUCAUAGUAUUACACCAAUACAAACCAAAUGAUAAUCAACAACCAUCGAAAAAGAGGAACCUACAUAAUAUCUCUCCAAACCAUAAUAACAAUAAUAAUAUGAACCAAGUGUCGAAGAAGAACAAAACGGAAAUUACAGCAUUUAUGCAACCAAAAAAAAGUUUCGAAAAAAACCAAAACACUAUGAACAUUAACAAUCGAAAUUCUACAUCAAGCACUUAG